GAGCUGGCAAAUGUAAAUUAUAACCCAUGCCUUCGAUCAGAAAAGUUAAAAAAAAAAAAAAAAAAAACUCUCCAAAACCCAAUAGUUAAUAACUAUGUUAUUUACUUCUCUCUUUGUAAUUCAUUUUCCUUAAAACACAGGUGAAUGGAUUUAGAGGAUGCAGCUUAUUAAUAGGACAUAUAAUCAGGUAGUGUAAAGGUGUUUAAUGUUUCUCAGGCUUUGAAUCCAUUUUGGCAGGCAAAGAAUAAAAAAUGAGAAAGAGGGAACCAAUAGUGAGAAGAAUCGCGAAACAGAUAGUUGGAAGGAGGCAACAACUAGUGGGAAGAAGGACAAAACGAAGGAGGAGAAGAGAUGAGUUUCAUCGGAGAGAAGAGGAGGUUCAGAUGCUCGAAAAAGGUUUCACUGUAUUUGUUGGAUGCUUUGAAGAUAUAUAACGGCAGAGAAAGCCUAGAAAAAGAAUAUGGGACAAGUCUUCGCAGGCCCAUACAAUAUGUCAACAGGCAGGUCAUAUCAGAGUGAAUGAUUAUCUGCAUGCCCCGUCAAUUAAGGCGAGUCAAUGCAGGAAGCAUAUCAUAUCAAGACUCAAGAUAGGACUAUGUCGUAAAAGGCGGGAAAACACUACAUACACAUAUAUUACAGUGGAAUGGCAUGUAAUCAGUGAGCCAAUGCAAUAGCUAUUGAAGAGCUAACACACCAUAGGAGUUGCUACAAUGCAAGAGAGUAAAACUCAGUCCUCUUUUGGAUUUGACGAAAGAAGGAAUGGGGGAACUGACUGUAAUGACAAGCCCAAUAUGAAACCCCAGCCCAAAGCUCCCAAGCUUAACACAACUAACACUAUUUCAUAUGUCCAGAUUUUGGGGAAUGGAAUGGAUACUCAGGAGACUUCGCCUUCGGUCCUGCUCUUCUUUCACAAGCAAGAAAGUUAUAUUUUUAAUGCUGGAGAGGGAUUGCAACGACUCUGUACAGAGCAUAACAUUAAAUUGUCCAAGAUAGAUUACAUAUUUCUUUCUCGUGUCUGCUCAGAGACGGCAGCUGGACUUCCAGGUCUUCUUUUCACUUUGGCGGAUAUCGAAAGACCACUCUCUGUCAAUGUAUGGGGUCCUUCCAAUCUCAAGUAUUUAAUCGAUGCAAUGAAGUCUUUUGUUCCACCUACCAUUGUUGACAUGCACAUCUUUGGUUCAUCUCCAUCCUCUGAUGGUGCUGCUCUAGCAGACUUAAUCGACCCCGUUGUUCUUGUCGAUAAUAAGGUGGUGAAAAUAUCAGCCAUUCUCCUAAAACCAAACUUCUCUAAAGGAUCAGCGGUAAAGCCUGGAGAAAUGUCUGUGAUAUAUGUUUGUGAAUUGGCUGAAAUCUUAGGCGAAUUUGACUCUGAAAAUGGUGGUGCCAUUGUACUCCUGGUCGACUGCCCAACAGGAGCCCACUUAUUGGAGUUGUUAUCAAUGGAAUCUCUCAGUAGUUACUAUGCAGAAUGUUCCAAGACUGUGAACUGUAUCAUUCAUUUAAGUCCUAAUUCUGUGACAGGCACCCCAGAUUACCAGAAGUGGAUGAAGAGAUUUGGUUCAGCCCAACAUAUUAUGGCUGGCCAUGAAAUGAAGAAUACAAAGGUUUCAAUUCUGAAAUCCAGUGCAAAACUAUCAACAGCACUUAAUUACCUCUGCCCACAGUUGUUUCCAUCUCCAGGUCUUUUGUCUCUUCAACCUCUUAAUAAUUCCUCACCAGACAAAACUGCUACCGAGGGUCCUGUUUCAAGGGUUCCUAAUAGUGUUUCUGCUGAAAAUCUCCUCAAGUUCACUCUGCUUCCUCAUGCUCAUCUUGGACUUGAUAGAACCAGUAGUCCAAGUCUAGUUGCACCCUCAGAAAUAAUGGAUGAAUUACUAUCAGAAAUUCCACAGAUAGCAGAUGCUGCAAAACAUGUCAGCCAGAUCUGGCAAGAGCCUCCAGAAACAAAAGAGGCGGUAUCUUAUGUGCAUGAAAAUGAAGUAAUGAUCAAAGAACCAUGGUUGGAUGAGAAUAUACUUCCUAGUUGUUUAGAGAACGUAAAGAAAGAUGACUUGGAGAUUGUUCUUCUGGGGACUGGUUCAUGUCGCCCUUCUAAAUACCGCAACUUUAGCUCUAUCUAUAUUAAUCUCUUUUCCAAAGGAAGCUUGCUGUUAGAUUGUGGAGACGGAACCCUGGGACAACUGAAAAGAAGAUACGGUGUAAAGGGCGCUGACAGUGCUUUGAGGAAUCUAAGGUGUAUUUGGAUUUCUCAUAUUCAUGCUGACCACCAUACUGGUUUGGCAAGAAUACUUUCACUGCGACAUGACUUACUGAAGGGCGAGUCUCAUGAACCAUUGCUCGUUGUAGGCCCAUCACAACUUAAGGCUUUCCUGGAUGCAUAUCAAUCAUUUGAAGAUUUAGAUAUGCAAUUCAUUAACUGUAGAUACACUACAGAAUCUUCCUGGGUUGAUUUUGAACAAUUGAAUAAGGAUCCUUUGGCACAGGGAAGCACUAAUACUAACAAUGAUUUGAACCACAAAAAUGAGCUCCAUACUGAGUCAUCUCUCUCCGAUGAAUCAACUGCUUUUCCAUUGUUAAAGAGCCUAAAGGAAGUGCUCAGCAAGGCAGGGUUGGAGACCUUGGUUAGUGUUCCUGUUGUGCACUGUCAAGAGGCAUUUGGUAUUGUUUUGAAGGCAGCAGAAAGAAUCAAUAAAGUGGGAAAAAUGAUACCCGGGUGGAAGAUUGUGUAUUCCGGUGAUACUAGGCCCUGCAACACACUAACAGAAGCAUCCCGUGGAGCGACAAUUCUUAUACACGAGGCAACCUUUGAGGUUGGCAUGGUGAUGGAUGCUGUAGCUAAAAGACAUAGCACAACAGAUGAAGCCAUUGAAGUCGGGUCUGGUGCUUAUCGGACUGUUCUUACACAUUUAAGCCAAAGAUAUCCAAAGAUUCCUGUGGUUGAUGAUGUAGGUAUGCAUAAAACAUGCAUAUCUUUUGAUUUGAUGAGUAUCAACCUAGCAGAUUUGCCAGUCCUCCCUAAACUUCUUCCAUACUUUAAAUUGCUUUCUAAAGAUGAGUUCGACCAUGUUCCGCAAUGUCAUUGACAUGUAUGCAUGAGUUGCAUAUUUAAUUAAUUUAACAAUGAUCUAUAAAUCCACAUUAUAGAUAA